AUGGCAAUUCCAUAUCUCACAAUAAACAUGCUUUUGAUCAUUUCAAUUGUGACUUUAAAAGCUAACCUUGGCUUCUCCGGGAGCACUUCUUCAUUGAAAACACUUCCUCUUGAUGGGUAUUUGGAGUUUGAAGACGUUCACUUUGCCUCCAAGGACUUUGGGAACAGAUUCCAUCGUCUUCCUCAGGUGGUUCUCCAUCCCAUGUCUGUUUCAGAUAUCGCCACAACGAUAAAGCACAUCUGGGAGAUGGGUCCUGUCUCAAACCUUACUGUUGCUCCUAGGGGUCACGGUCAUUCGCUGCAAGGCCAAGCACAAGCCGACCAAGGAGUUGUCAUCAGCAUGGAAUCACUCCAGGGACGUAUCAUGAGGGUUCACUCCGGGGAAUUCCCGUAUAUCGAUGUCUCUGGUGGCGAGCUGUGGAUAAAUGUUCUGCGUGAGAGUCUGAAAUAUGGGCUAACACCAAAGUCUUGGACAGACUAUCUACACUUGACUGUUGGUGGUACUCUAUCCAAUGCUGGGAUCAGUGGACAGGCAUUUCGACAUGGACCACAGAUCAGCAACGUUAUCCAACUUGAAGUAGUAACAGGAACAGGGGAGGUGGUGAACUGCUCGGAGAAACAGAACAACGAUCUCUUCUAUGCCGUCCUGGGUGGGCUUGGCCAAUUUGGCAUCAUAACACAGGCUAGAAUAUCACUGGAACCAGCACCAGAUAAGGUGAAAUGGAUUAGAGUGCUGUACCUUGAUUUCCAGACAUUCAAGAGAGACCAAGAACAUCUGAUAUCUGCCGAUAAUACAUUUGAUUACAUCGAAGGGUUUGUGAUUAUAAACAAGACAGGCCUACUGAAUAACUGGAGAUCAUCCUACAAUCCUCAAGACCCAGUAAAAGCUAGCCAAUUUAAUUCUGAUGAGAGAACUCUGUAUUGCCUCGAACUCGCCAAAUACUUCAACCUGGACGAGGCAGAUGAAAUUAAUGAGGAAGUUGAGGAAUCACUGUCUCAGCUAAGCUACAUUAGAUCAACACAGUUCCUGUCAGAAGUUUCAUAUGAAGCCUUUUUAGACAGAGUGCAUGUAUCAGAGACUAAACUUCGGUCUAAAGGGUUGUGGGAAGUUCCUCACCCGUGGCUCAACCUUCUUAUUCCUGGAAGCAAAAUUCAAAACUUUGCAGAAGUUGUUUUCAGUACUAUCCUGAAGCACAACAUCAAUGGCCCCAUCCUCAUAUACCCAAUGCACAGAUCAAAGUGGGAUAACCGAUCUUCUGUAGUUAUUCCAGAAGAAGAUAUUUUUUACUUGGUGGCAUUCCUUUCCUCUGCAGUUUCUCCUUCAGAAGAAAAUGGUGGUUUGGAACAAAUAUUGAGCCAAAACAAAAAGAUUCUUGAAUUCUGCGAAGCAUAUCAACUUGGGGUGAAGCAGUAUUUACCACACUACACAACAAGAGAAGAGUGGCAAACCCACUUUGGGUCACAAUGGGAAGUUAUUGUAAAGAGAAAACUAGCAUAUGACCCAUUGGCCAUACUUGCUCCUGGACAAAGUAUAUUUCAUAAAGCAACAUCUUACUUAUAACAAUAUACAAUCUAAUGGCUUU